AUGAAUGUCGCGAGGAAGCUCAAAUCCAAACUCGAACGUGCUUUCCACGGAAGCUCAAGUCGAAGUAGCUCCAUUAGCGAGUCUACACCAUCCAUCUCCCCUUCAGCGCCGGACAGCACUCCGCCUAGCGUCGCGCCUCGUUCAGAGGAAGGGAUUUUAGACCAACAAGCGACCGGAUUCGGACCUUCUGCAGCAGAGGAAAAGGCUCGGUGGAUAGAUAGGGCUAUUCUCUUCCUCUCAAUCACGCAAAGCGUUGCCGAAGGCUCUGACCUCCUUGGCCCGCUCAAGACAGCGUGCGGCGCGACCAUUACUCUACUCGAAUCCAUCAAUGCAUCAGCCGCAAAUCAAGACGCGUGGCGCCAGCUCGUUGGCUCAAUCAAACGACAUCAACGCGCGUUUAUCCAGCAACUAGGGCGCCUCGAAAUUGAUCUGACAGCCCCAGGUGGUAAUCCCGAGCUCGUCAAGGCCAUAAGCGACUACCAAGGAGUGUUAGCCAAGGUCCUAGGCGAUGUUUUCGAACAGAGUUCGAUUACAGAGGAAGAUAUUCGUGGUGCAAAGAACAGCCUCCGAAGUUUGGCAGCUCGCAUUGGCACAGCUGAGUUGGAGUCAGGCGCGAUCACUUCGCUAUAUGAAGAGCUCAACGAGGCUAAAUCUCAUCUCAUGAUUGCUCUGCAACUAUACGUGUCCAGCGAGACCACAGAGACGAAGGAGAUACUCGGAAAUGUCCAAAAUCUGCUCGUGAACUCAGCAGUCGUCACUGUGAACCUUCGCCACGGCAAUCAACACGAUAGAUGCUUGGAAGGAACGCGAGUAGCAAUUCUCAGCCAGCUAGAGCAAUGGGGACGCGACUAUGACUCUCAGCAACGAAUAUUCUUCCUCGGCGACGAAAUGGUCUGUCGCUGGGAGGAAGAAGGCAUGCUCGCAGCUCGCUUCUUCUUCUCCCGUGGUCAGUCUGGAGGAUCAACUGCUGGCGACUUUAUUCGGCACGUCGCAGCGGAUCUCAGCCGAACGUUCAAACCUAUUCGCCGCCAAAUUCACUCUGCAUUGCGAGACUAUGCCAUCCUUACGAAGCCAUUUGCAACGCGGUGGAAAACGCUGAUUGAGGAGCCGCUUCGACAACUUCAGGGCUCAUACAUCAUCGUCAUCGACGGACUGGAUGAAUGUAGUCAGGAAGGACCCCCUGAUAAUCGUACAGAUACGCGGGAGAAUCUUUUGGAAGCGAUUCUCAACACGUUCAUUGCAGCUCUCCCAGUACGACUCCUCAUCACUAGUCGUCGAGAAGAGGACAUCGAACUGGCGCUUCGAGAUGCACCGUCAGUUUACUCCACAGGUGUUCAGACGGCACCUGGGCAGGAACAUCUCAACACGCAGGAUCUAGAACGCUUUGUCUCGUUCCAGUUCACGCAGAUGAGAUUCGUUGGCUUCACGACGCAAGAAGUACAAGAUCUAGUCUCUCGAUCCGACGGGCUUUUCAUCUUUGCGAGCACGGCAUGUGGUCUUCUGCGCCGUUCGCAAGCUCGAAAAGCUCUUCUCAAAGAGAUUACAACUUCCGAGGCGUUUAGUGGCCUCGAUGGUCUCUACCUCGAAAUUCUCAAACGCAGCGCACCUGACAAGCCGUCCCUACGAGUGAUCAUUCACUUGCUCGCCGUUGUGCUGGCCGCUCGCGAGACGCUGACAUCGAGAAUUUUGCUCAACUUUCUCGACGAGGUGGAGGAUGUUGAAGGCGUCACACAUGGGCUCGCAAGUGUCCUCUACAGCGGCGGCAUGGACGACCCGGUCUACAUCAUUCACCCAACCUUUCGCGAAUUCCUCCUCCAAACCAACCGCGCAGCCGAGUUCAUGGUAGAUUUGCUUCAUGGACAUGAUACUCUUGCAUUCGCAUCGCUUCGAGUUCUCGGUGCGGAGCUCCGGUUCGACAUGUGCAAGUUGACAUCAAAUGGCUCCCCAAUGCCGCUCAACAAGCAUCUGCCGAACAUCUCAGAGCGCUUGGUUGACAAUGUUUCACCCCCGCUACGAUAUUCUAUUGCUUAUUGGGCUGAGCACGUUGUCAACGGACAUACAAAGCAACUCCUGUAUUGGAUGGAGGGCAUCUAUCUGCUCUCCGUCACUGCGCGAGCAAUAGCCGCAAUCACAUCUUUGCGCGAGCAUUUUACUUCCCUCGAAGAAGCGAUUGGACACGAGGGGUCACGGGGAUCACAAUGGUGCGCAGAAGUAGUCCAAUUCCUGCUCGACAAUCAGGCCCUCUUCGGCCAUUCCUUUAUGCACCUCUACACAUCUGCAAUUUUAUUCUCUCCAGAAAAUGGGCUUAUUCGUCAUCACUAUUACCCGUCUUACAAACCGCUCCCAGUCGUUCGUCGUGAAUUCAAAGAGAACGCUCAAAAUUCGCUCGUUCUCCGAGCACAUACGGGAGGUAUCUGGUGCUGCACUUGUUCUCCAGACGGGAACUAUAUUGCUUCUGGAUCAUUUGACAAAACAGUCCGAAUUUGGGACGCUCGAACAGGCGCACUGAUACAUACGCUGACCGGCCAUGACGAUAUAGUUAGGUCGGUGAUGUUCUUGCCCAAAGGUCAUGGCCUUUUGUCGGUUUCGGCGGGUGAUGCCAUCUUGCACUGGGAUUGGGAGAACGGGAACUUUGCCGGGAAAUGCUGGGCUACUGUUCAAGGCAAGGCGCUUAGCCUAUCACAUUCAUCCCCCAAACAAAUGGUACUCUGUGGGACAGAUUCUGGAGCUGUGUACGCAUGGACAGAGAGUGGCCAAUCUCUCUGGACUUUGCACAAUGCACAUAAGCAACCAACUCUACGGACGGUUUUCUCUUCAGAUGGCCAAUUGUUCGCUACGACCUCCAAUGACAAGACUGCACGCGUCUGGGAUAAUUCAUCUAAUUCCGAUCCACCUACUCUUCUUCACGACUUCACACAUACCAACGAGGUCAUCACGGCAGCGUUUCUACCCGACUGCACACGCCUCGCUACUGCAGCGCGAAGUGUCCAUAUGUGGGACCUCGAGACUGGUAAAGAACUAUACCAUACCACCGACGAAUGGAUCAAAGGCAUGGCCGUCUCUCCGGGUGGUGAGACAAUCGUAACUGGGACCGGUUUCAAUACGGUUCUUCUCUGGGACGCGAGGACGGGACAAAUGUCGAGAGAGGCUCUCCACGGACACACCGAUUGGGUCACCCGUGUUGCAUACUCGCCCGAUGGGACGUACUUUGUCUCUCCCUCUAUCGACAGGACGCUACGUGUAUGGCAUGCGGAAGCUACAUCUCCUCGACAACGAGCAUCAAAGGGACAUAGUGCGUACAUGAGCGGACUGUCCUUUUCGCCAGAUGGAACGCGGCUUGCUUCCAUUGAUCGAGAUGGGAUGCUAUGCACAUGGGAUGCAGCGAGCGGCAGAUUGCUCGGUGGGCCAUGGAAGGCAGCGCAUAACGCUAUUCUUCCCGCUCUAGCCUUUCAUGAAGACAAUAUCCACAUCGCCAUAGCGUCACGUGCAGAUUUAUUCCUCUGGGAUUCGACCGAAGGGAAACUAGUUGGGAAACUGCACCGUGAGUCGCGUAGUCUCAUCAACGCACUAGCCUUUUCUCCGGAUGGGAAAUACCUCGCGCUUCUUCAUUAUCGUGAGAUAUCCAUUCACAAAAUCGAAGAUAUCCUACAACCAACACUCACUCCUGCUCACGGAAUUAAAACGACCACCUAUCGACAAUUGGCCUAUCACCCAAGCGGCAAAUACAUGGUUCUGCCUGACGGCGCAUGGGACGUCACAGAAUCACCGCCUCGUCCAGUGGAUGGAGCCGAAUUCGAAAAGGUCGCAUCCGAGACAUUUCAAGUGCGACUCAAUAGGGACUAUGAAAACGACUGGUUCUGCGUGGAAGUCGGGACGCCAUGUCGUGAGUCGUUUGCCAUCCCAAACGAGUUUGAGAUUGCGGUAGAUACGGCCACGGGUCUGAAAAUCGCUGUCGGAGCAAAAGAUGGACGGGUGAUGAUUCUGGACUGUUCUACCGUCCUCCAAUCUGCCUGA